CGCAACCCCCAAGGUACAACUGCCCCAAACAAAACAUCGACGCCCCCACCAUCAGCUACAAAAAUAAGACCAAUCCACCCCUUCCGACGCGUCAUUGAUAGAUAUUUCGCGCCACGAACGUUGACGACUAUGACUGUAUGAACGGGAAGUAGGUUGCGCCGCGAUGGAAUCUCCGGCGCCUAAAAGGCGAAGAACAUCGCCUCGAAACGCAGUCCCAGUUGAUCCAGAAUCCGAGUCGACGACGCCCCAAGAUGCGCUGCCUCAGACCGGUUCAUCGCCAAGUCGGCCCUCAUUUGCAUCCCCGACCAGGGCAACCCUUGAGCGAUAUAACCCCGACAUCCUGAGACGUCGAGAGAGCCAGCCUAGGCGGCUGCGAUCCUCGCCCGAUGCGCCCCCCUCGGCCUCGCGCGCCGCUACACCCGAUAGCACGGGAAGCUUGACGCGAGCCAUGCGGAUUCAACUUGAGCUGCGUUCGGCAGCCCGUGAUGGUGGUGGACUGGCAGAUUCGGACAGGGACGGCGUUCUGCGGUCUCCUCCGAGACAGCUGGACACGGAUAGGACACCCACAAGACCGGCGCCGAGACCACUUCCGCCACCAGCCCCGGAGGAGGAGGACGAGUUAUUAAGGGUCAUUUCUGCACGGCUGCGGCCGGGUGUUUCGCCGGGAGUGCUCCCAGAGGUCGUCGCCCCCGAACCAGAGCUUCCACCGACGCCUCAGCACCCCGACCCCGUUGUUAGCACACCUCCCUCUGGGAUACACAACACUCCCUCAAGGCGACCCAAGCGGAACCGCGCGCUGGCUGAGAGGCUUAAGAGUUCCUCACCGCUCAAGCAACCGCCGCUUCGACCGCCGGAACUACCUACAAAGAGCGGUUUAGCAUUGGAGUUGCCGACUAAGACACCUCCAGUCCAAGCCGCAGUCCCAACGGACGCCGCCCCAACAAACGCCGAGCUGCGCGGUCUGAAGCCGGUUGACCCAGAUUCGGACAAGAAGAAGCUCCGCGAUUCACUCCUGGCCGAGAUCAGCCAACUCGAACGAGACUUAGACGUCGCAAGCAAGGAAAACGAACGCAUCCGGCAAGCGCGCAUUUCCCGCCGCAACCCUUCCCCUCCCACCAACGGCGACGAGCUCCUCGACCUCCUCGUCCGCCACAUCCUCCCGGCCGAGGCCGCCGCUCCAAAACCAGACCCCAUCGAGAACUGGCUCGCCUCCGCCCUCAACCCCAUCGCCUUCCUCCCCUUCAGCAAACCUUCCACAACCGGGCCACCAACCCUCCCAUCCCAACCCCAACCCGACGACAACCUCCCCCCUCCCAUCUCCCACCACCCCUUACCAAUGACCACGACCGAAGCCCUGCCCUACCUGCAAGUCUUCACCCCGCUCACCUUCACCGCGCACGUCUCACCCCUCCCCACCGACACCUCCACCUCCGCACCCACCUCCUCCGACCCCACCGCUCCACUCCUCCAACAGCACAGCAUCACAGCAUCCUCCAGCGCCCCGCGCGGCCUCUUCGCCGCCCGCAUCGAGAUGACGGUCAACACCAAGACACUAGCCAUCUCCACCCUCGCCGUGCCCGCGCUCGACCCGGCCGCCGAGGCCGAGCUGCGCCCCUUUGUGGACCGCGUGGUCGGGGCGGCCGGCGAUGGGGAUGGGCAGCCGCGGAGCAGCGGGCUGUAUCACAAUGUUGCCGUGUUGGCGUGGGCCAUGGGCGAGUGGCUGCGCGUGGCGCGGCAGCGGGCCGGGGUGUGGGCGGCGCUGGAGAAAGAGCUUGGGGUGGCGGGUUUGUUGCCGUUCAUGGGGCGGACGGCGACGGAUUGGGAGAUUCCGGUUCUGGGGGGUGGUGGGAAGCGGGAGGUGUCGAUGUUGAGGGUGCAGUGGCGGAUUGGGUUUGACUGGACGGGGGAGGCGCGCAGUGAGAUUGGCGUGUUGGUGGGCGUGCCGGGGAAGUGGCAUAAUCAUGAUGAGAGGGGACAGUUGUCUGGUCUGCCGAAGCUGUUUGAUGAGCUUAUUCAGGCGGGCGAGGAACCCCUCGAUGCUGUCAGGACGGUGGAAGUUGCCCCCUGA